CUACGAGAAAACAAACCUUCUCUGUCUAUUACUUUGAAACCUGCUUAUUAUCAGCUCUAUCACAAAACCACAAUCGCAUCAACCACAAAGCAAAUCACCAUGCCAAACAACAACUUCUCCUCCUCCCAAGACACUGGCGUCACUGGCGCCGCGAAAUUCGUCACCUCGACUCUGGGAAACACUGUCGGCGGAGUCUCUCGCACCGUUGGUGGAGUGACUGGUGCAGCUGCUCGAGGAGUCGGCGACACCAUCACAAGUGCAACCGGAAGUGCAGGAAAGCCUGUUGGGGAUGCGUUGGGAAGUGUCGGGACGGGCGUUGAAGAUGGGGCGAACCGAGUUGCAAAGGGAGUCGAAGAUGCUGGACAAUGGCGGUAAAUCAGGUACGAUACUGUCCAGUCGUCUGGGUCAUGAUAGGCUGAAUGUCUGACUUGAUAUGGUGGUGGAUUGCAGUGUAUUAAUUAGGGUUUAAACUGAGUUUUAUUCUGUCAAGUGGCGCUUAUAGGUUAUAAGUCCAAUGAGCUUUUUCAAUAUGG